AUGAGUGGACCAGCAGGCAAUACACUUGAUAUUCAAUCAAAGGAUGUUAUCAAACUGAUACUACAGUUCUGUCAAGAGAAUGCAUUGUUGAGUACAUUGACAGCAUUGCAGAAUGAGACUGGAGUCAAUCUUAAUACGAUACAACAUAGAGAUACGUUCUUGGAUGAUGUUAAACAAGGCCGUUGGGAUAAGGUGUUGAUGGAGUUAGCUCAUGUCAAACUGUCACCGGCAAGUCUAGUCGAUCUAUACGAGCAGAUCAUCGUGGAGAUGUUGGACAUGGGCGAGUUGGAGCUGGCCAAGUCACUGCUGAGAAAGAGUGAGGCGAUGAAUCAUCUCAGACUGAACAACAUCGAUAGGUAUCUGCGCUUGGAGCAUUACCUGCAGCGUGGUUCAGUUGAUCUGCGCGACUUCUACGAUGCGGGCGUGUCGACGGAUAAGCGACGUGCUCAACUGGCCACAUUGCUUGGCAAAGAGAUACAGUCUGUGGAGCCAUCGCGACUGAUGAGCUUGUUGGCACAGGCACUAAAGUGGCAGCAGUAUCAAGGCAUUGUGGCACCGGGUGCUGACUAUGACUUGUUCCGUGGCGACUCGGUGCUGUCCUCGUCAUCGGCGGCCUCUGAGGAAGAGGACAUACCCACAACGCUGGACCGCACCAUCAAGUUCCAAGACAAGAACUAUCCCGAAUGCUGUCGAUUCUCCCCUGAUGCCCAAUACCUUGUCACAGGCAGUGUCGACGGUUUCAUCGAGGUGUGGAACUACUCAACAGGAAAGCUUGCGACCAAUCUACCAUAUCAAUCAAAUGACGACUUCAUGAUGCAUGACAAGACGAUACUGUGUUUGAACUUCUCGAGAGAUGGAGAGUAUCUGGCAUCUGGUUCAAUCGAUGGACAUAUCAAGGUGUGGCACAUUCGAACGGGCAAGUGUCUGAGGAAGUUUGAACCUGCACAUCCUCAAGGUGUCACAUGUCUAUACUUCAGCAAGAAUGCCACUCAAGUCCUUUCAGGAUCAUUCGAUGGAACACUAAAAAUACAUGGACUCAAGUCUGGAAAGUCACUCAAAGUGUUUAGAGGACAUAACUCAUUUGUGAAUGAUUGUUUCUUUACAGAGAGCGAGGACCGUGUUGUAUCAUGCUCGAGUGAUGCAACGGUUCGUGUUUGGGACGCCAAGUCGGCAGAGUGCCUACAGACACUGAGGCCAACACAAUCAGUUCGAAUCAAAGACAUAUCAGUUCGCGGUGUGAUUGGCAUGCGCAACAAUCCAGACCUGGUACUCAUUUGCAAUGCAUCGCCCAUCAUCUGCAUCAUGUCGAUACGCACACAGACCAUCACCAAGCAGUUUACAUUGGACAACAACAAGAACUUCCUUUGUUGUACACUAUCACCCAAGCAGACCUAUCUCUACGCAGUGUCCGAGGACAACAUAUUACAUUGUUUCGACGUUGACAAGGGCACACAUCUACAAUCAAUGGAGCUACAUCCAAAGGAAGUGAUUAGCAUCAUGCACCAUCCGAAUCGCAACGUCCUGGCGUCCAUCUCAACAGAUUGUACACUUCGAAUAUGGAAAUCAAUCAACAAAGUUUGA